GUCGACGCGACAGUUUCCGAAUAAACCCAAAACCGAGCAGUCGACAAUGAAAAAAUUUCGUUAUUCUAGCUCCUUUGGGAAAUAAAAAUGUGGAUGUUUAUUUAUGGGGUCUUUCGGAAUGAUAUAAUGAUGGAGAGUAUUCCCAUAGUCGGAUACCUAGCUCUAGGUACAGCAGGACUUGCAACUUUAUUAUGGUGGGCAAUUAUCAAGAGUUGGUGCAUUCAUCAGCUUGAACUUUUAAAAUUUGCCAGAAGCCUUCCGGGUCCUUCAACGCUUCCGUUAUUGGGAAACGCUCUUCAGUUCGCAGUCCAUCCUGACGAAACCUUCGACCGAGUGGUUGAGAUUAUGCGAGCAAAUAAACCCACAUUUCGAUUUUGGCUGGGGCCAAAACUCGUUGUUAUUUUAACAGAACCUCAGGAUUAUCAAAUAAUAUUCAGUAGUUCAAAGGCAUCAUACAAAGACCCUGUGUACAGAAUGAUGGAGCCAGCGGUGGGUCAAGGUCUUGUCAGUGCCUCAGGACCAGCACACAGGAGUCACAGAAAAAUCAUCAUGCCAAUGGUCAACGGAAAAUCAUUGACGACGUACUUGAAGUAUUUUAAUAUUCACAGCCACUACUGCAGGCAACUGUUGGGAGCUCGAAUUGAAUAUGGAGAAUUUGAUGUUCUUCCUUUCAUGACUAAUUGCACAACUGAUAUGAUGUUCGAAACAAUCUUCGGGAUUUCCGGUACUGCGCAAAAAGGGGGAUACAAGCAGUUUGUACACUAUUCCGAUCGAAUCUACGAAUUUAUUCAUCUACGAAUGUUUAAAAUCUGGCUCCAUCCCGAUUUCAUAUUUGAAACUACGAAAAUGGGAAAGGAACAAAAGGCGGGGUUGAAGAUAAUUCAUAACGUUGUUGAUCAGACUAUUUGGAGAAAAAAAAAGGAACACUUCGCUCUGACAAGAGGAGCAAUAAAAUCGGACAGGCCCAGAGUAAUGUUGUUGGAACAGAUGAUCGAUCACGCGGUGAAGAAUAAUUCGAUGGAUGACUUGGAACUCCGGUAUCAAAUCUACACCAUUUACAUUGCCGCUCAGGAUACGAUAGCAGUCAUCGCAUCGUUUACAUUACUGAUGUUGGCAAUGCAUCCGGAAGUGCAGAAGAAGGUUCGAGAAGAAGUUGAGGAGAUACUUGGGGAGAGUGAGGAUGUCCAGGAGGAACACCUUUCGAGUUUGGGGUAUUUGGAAAUGGUCAUCAGAGAAACACUGAGGCUGUUUCCCAUUGCUCCAUUGAUGGUGCGAAAAACUACUGGACGCAUUCAGCUUGAGGGUUGCAUACUGCCUGAAGAUUGCUCGAUUGUCCUCGGAGCCUUUAUGACCCACAGAAACAAAAAAUACUGGAAUGAACCCGAGAAAUUCGAUCCAGAUCGAUUUCGCCCUGAAAAUAUUAAGCGGAGACAUUCAUAUGCCUAUAUUCCCUUCAGUGGAGGCCCUCGGGGUUGUCUCGGGCAGAAAUUUGCCAUCAUUUGCCUCAAGACACUAAUCACCAACUUGAUUAGAAGCUACUGUUUUGAGACGAGUGAAAAAAUGGAGAACAUCAAACUGAAAAUGGAUAUUUCUAUUCGAUCGCGCAAGGGAUAUCCCAUGAAAAUAACUAAGUUGUGGCGAAAAAAGGAAUGAAUAUAUCAUUGGAACAAAAUUGCACGAAAUCCACAUGAAUAAAUUAAAUUGAAGUAAAA